AUGAUGGAACGCCUAGACUCUAUCGAGGGACUGCGUGGGCGUAUACAGGACUACGACGUGGUCAUGAAUCACCCGCAGGCGAUACACUACGUCGCCGAUUUCAUGCAACGAACAGGCCUCCUACAGCAGUUCCGAUUCGCCACAUUUAACGACGAGAAGGACCAGGAGAUCCCGGAACCCAGCACCCUCCUAGAGGGACUCGAUCUAAACGAGGAAGACGAUAGUUAUAUUAAACACUAA